AAACCAUUAAAUCUGUGUGGUUAAAGAUAGUAGUGACGGUGGUGGUGGUAGUAGUAGUCGUAUUAGUAGUAAUGACAAUCAGGUUAGUAUGAUGUUUACUUCAUUUUACACACACACACACACACACACACACAUUCCGUAAUGUUUUAAAAUUGACCAGAAAAAUCUAUUUGGUAAUUUAAAUAGAUGCUUGAAAGGAAAUACGUUUUCUGUUUGUUUUAAUUAUCACAUAACAAGAGAAAAAGAAAGGUGAUAAACUAUAUGAUAAAGAGAAAUAUAUAUAUAUAUAUGUAAACAUAAUCAGGAUAUUCUAUUCAUUCAAUAUAAUUUUAUACAAGUGUUUAAUUAUUAGAUAUUCUUAAAAACAAUAUACAUAUAUUUAACUAAUAAUCAGCUGUUCUCUGUUUAUCGAAAUCAUAUACACAUGAGAAUUGAACACAUUGCCAUGAUCUACUACAUUUACCUUCCAUACAUUUUAUUUCUGUGACAUUCUAUCAGAACUAUUUUUUUGUUUUCGCUUAAUACGGAAAGAACACUCUUGAUAUGGACAAAUUAAAAUAAACACAAGAAUCAAUCAAUUCUUGGAUACAUCUUACUGAAUUCACUGGAGUAAUAACAUAUAUUAGUAAAUAAAGUAUUUCUGGAAGAUAACAAAAUGAAAACGUUCCAAUUAUAUACAUUAUUACUUGUUUUACUCUAUUGUAAUGCACCAUUCAUUGGACCAAAUUAUUAUUUCAUUACACAAGUGAUCGCUAUCACUGAUAUGAAAUCAAAGUAUACAGAUAAAUCAUUCGAUUUGCACACAUCAAAUGUACAAUCAGAUAAUACUGUUAAUGAUGAUCCUAGUUAUAAUAAUAAUAAUAAUAAUAACAUACAAACCAUGUCAAAAUCAUCAUUUAAAAAUAAAUCACAUUCACCAUUGUCAACAUCAACAAAUUUCUUAUAUAACAUAUCGAAUCCCGUUGAACGUAAUUUUAAAUUAACCAAUCAAUUUGGUGGAUUAGGUUUAGUAUCAUCAGUACAAAAUCGUAUUAGUCUUGAUACAUUAUCACAUACAACAAAUUCUCCAUUGAAUAUAAUAAAGCAUAAUUCACCAGUUUUAAGUAAUUCAUUAAUCUCUUCAAUAGAUGAUAUGAAACGAUAUAAAAAUAAUCAACCAAUAACUGAUUGGCCAACAUCAUUAGCAUCAGAAGAAUAUAGUAAAAUUAAUAUGCGUAUUAUGGGUCAACCAAUUGAUCCAAGUGUUGUUAAUCAUUUACAUCCAGAUGUAUCACCACAUAAAAUAAAAAAAUUACGUAAAAUUUUAUCUGGUAGUUUAGAUAAAGAAUGGACAUCUGAAACACCACCAAGAGUAUUAAGACAACGUGGAAUAUCUGGUUCAUUUAAUACAAAUAAUCAAGAAAGUUAUACAUCACUUGAUGCUAAAUUAUUAAAAGAGAUUAGAGAAUUGAAUUUUACAUUUCGUAAUUCAUAUGGUGUAUAUUUUACUUUAACUGAUGAACAAAUUCAACCAUAUCGUUAUUGGUUAAUUGAACGUGCUACAUGUGAAAUGGAUUUUAUAUGGGAAGAUUUAGGACCAUUAUUUUGGCCACGUUGGAUACGUAGAGGUGUAUGUUUAAAUCGUCCUGGACAUUCAUGUUCAUGGCCAUCUGGUAUGAAAUGUCGACCAUCUGGUUCACGUGCAUUACAAUUAUUACAUUGGAAAUGUGAAGAUGCUGCACAAGUACAAACUAGAGAACAUGCUGCUGAUCAACGUAUACGUCGUCGUGUAUCAAUGAAUACAUUUCAUUCAGGAUUUUAUGAAAUGGAACCUGUUACAGAUAUUAUUAAAUCGAAACAUAAACGUGAUACUUAUGCACGUUUAAGUUUGAAAGAUAAUUCAUUACAACAUAUUAAUUCAUAUCGUAAAUUACAAGCACGUAAUCUAGGUAAUUCACAUUAUGAUACUAAAACAUCAUGGACAAAUAUAAAAUCAUCUGAACCAUCAACAUUAUCAUCAUCAUCAUCUUCAUCAUCAUCAAUAUCAUCUCCAUCAUCCUCUUUACACUUAGAUACAAAUUCAAAAGAUGAAAAACGUCGACGUCGUGCUAGACGUCUAAUUAAACGUCUCAGUGUAACAGCUAAUGGAUAUCAUUGUUAUUGGCAAGUACAAAAAUAUUUAAUUAGUGAUCGUUGUUCAUGUUCAUGUUCAUAAUUUAAUUUUAAAAUUAAAAAAAAUUUUUUUCUGUUUUAAUUUCAAGAAUUUAACAUAUUUCUAUUUGUUCCAUUUGUUUUCUUAUGUAGUUGUUUACAAUUUCAAUAUUCAUUCCUAUCACUAAUUGAAAAUCGAUAAUUUAGUUGUUGUCAUGGUUGUUCUUGUUAUUUAAUUAAAACGAUGUAUGUGGGGCAUUUUCCAAAAAAAAACAAAACAAAAACUUUUUUAUUAACUACAUAGGUGAAUGUAAUUUACUAAUCUUUUUUCCUUUUUUUUUAAUUAUAUGUCACUUUUAAUUCUUCUCUAUCCAUACAUUUCAUUUCUUGUUACAAUUAUUGUUACCAUUAUUAUUAUUAUCAUGAUUAAAACUUCUCUUAUAAACGGUAUUCUCU